AUGCUCCGAGUCUGGAAGGUUUCCGGGGAGGAGUUGGCUGCCAUACCCGAGGCUGCCCUGAGCAACGUACGUGCCUUGAAGCAUCGCCUGCGAGUGGAGCAUGGCUUCCCUGUCUCUCUGAUGGAGCUCCUGCAUGAAGGCAGCAAAUUGAGUGAUGCGGCAGAGCUGCAUGCACCCAUGGAUCUGCAGCUGGUCUUGCUAUCCCUCGCCCCAGGGGACUCUGCCUGGGAGCUUCUUGAUACCGCUGAGAAGGGCGAGGUCGAGUGUGCCAGGCGCCUCUUGCAAGCGGGUGUGGACAAAGAUUCCAUCGACGGCUGGGGGAAGACGGCUCUUAUUGCCGCCUCGCGGGCGGGGCAUCUUGACUUCGUGAAGCUGCUGCUGGAGGCUGGCGCUGCCAGGAAUUGGAGGGAUGACGGCGGCCACACAGCCUUGAAUCUUGCGUCCUAUACCGGCCACCUUGGGGUGGUGCGCCUUCUGCUGGAGGCCCGUGCUGAGAACGAUCAAACAGAGAUGUUUGACAACACGGCGCUGGUCUGCGCAUCUGAGAACGGCUGCGUGGAGGUGGUCCGCUUGCUUCUGCAAUCAGCUGGUAGAGGCCUUAAAGACCAGGGCGGCUACACAGCUCUCUUUCGUGCAUCUGACAGUGGACAGGAAGAGGUGGUGGGCCUUCUCCUGGCAGCCGGCGCCGACAAAAACCUCAGGGACCACUGUGGUCACACGGCUCUCAUGUGUGCAUCUCGGAACGGCCACCUCGAGGUUGUUCGCUUGUUGCUGAAGGCAGGUGCAGACAGGGACCUGAAAGAUCCACAGGGGAAGACGGCUCUGGCGUACGCAGAGGAGAACGGCUACGCGGAGAUUGCACGCUUGCUCUCGGCAGGCUGA